AAACGGCUGUAUAUUAAUAGCUCCAAGCGAGUUGGUAUCAGAUCCAGUCGUUAGCAAGCGCCACCCCAUCCAUCACAUGACAUGGCUUUACUUUUUAACCCAAAUAAAUUCUUUCGAUGUGUUUGUUGACGUGUCGGUGUAUUGUAGACCUACGGGUCAUUCGUCAUUAAGCGACAAGGUUCGAGUCCCGGCCGGGGCGUUCGGGCACGCUCCUCCUAUAGUCCCGCGAGACAGCGAGAGAGGGGCUGCACCGUGGGUUACGACCCCCUGCGCGGCGCCCCGUCCCGUCCCAGCUGUCAGCUGCGACCGCGCACCGUUUUCGACGUGCCCGGGAACCAUGGCGUCCAGCGAGGACGACGGAGCGGUGGACGAGAAGGAAACAAACAACAGGAGGAGAAACCGAGGAGCCAUCGCCACCGCAUGGCUCACCUUCUACAACAUCGCCAUGACGGCCGGGUGGCUGGUUCUAGCCAUCACCAUGAUGAGGUUCUACCUCCAGAAAGGAACCCACAGGGGGCUCUACAGGAGCAUAGCUAAGACACUCAAGUUCUUCCAGACCGCUGCUUUAGUUGAGGUGGGACACUGCGCCAUUGGUAUUGUGAGGACGUCUGUGAUUGUGACGGGGGUUCAAGUGUGCUCAAGGAUCUUCAUGGUUUGGUUCAUCGCAAGCAGCAUAAGACAGGUCCAGAGUGAGGAGAGUGUGAUACUGUUCUUGGUGGUCUGGACGGUGACGGAGAUCACUAGAUACUCCUACUACACCUUCAACCUGCUGCACCAAGUCCCUUACUUCAUCAAAUGGGCCAGGUAUAACCUCUUCAUCGUCCUGUACCCACUGGGGGUCGUGGGAGAACUGUUAACCAUCUACGCCGCGCUUCCUAUUGUACGACGCACGGCUAUGUACUCCCUCCGCCUCCCCAACAAGUACAACGUCUCCUUCGACUACUACUACUUCCUCAUCAUCGCCAUGCUGUCCUACAUCCCACUGUUCCCUCAGCUGUUCUUCCAUAUGCUGCGCCAGCGAAGGAAGGUCCUGCACGGGGAGGUCAUUGUUGAGAAGGACGACUAGCUGCUCACUCCCUGCUCCCCCUGCCAAGGGCCCGCAGAGCCUACUCACCUCCAAUACCAUCUCCACCUCCACCCUGACCACAACCGUCUCAACCCUCCCAACCACCUCUACCAGCAUCCCUGUCUCAAUAACCACCUCUUUCACCAUACUUAACUCCUGAUCCCCCACAACCUCCACCAGCUCCCCCGCCAGAACAAUCCUCACAUACAAUAUCUCCAUCCUCAUCACCACCACCAUUAUCUUCAUCAUCUCAACCCCGCCUUCCUGCCCAUUUCGUCCCAACAGAUCCAAGUUGAUAAACCGAGGACAUUCAGCACCACCAAGACAAUAACACCACUUCUUUAAAAACGACCAUAUCAUGGAAAUUUAGCAAAGAGGUACAGACCAUUGGUCCCUGAAGCUCACCCCUAGACAGCACUCUGGUACCCCCAAAUCGGAUUACCUUCAUCCCGUGGAAACAGGUACCGUAUGGUGUUAUUUUCCGGUUGGACACAGGAUUAGAGGCUUAGAACGAGACCUCUCAAUGCAGAUCUACAAAUCCUGGUGAUCUCAAGAGCUCACCUAUCACUGGACACCUGUUACGUCCCAGGAAAAAAGUCAUGACCCUCGCACCACACCUUCAGUCAGCUCUUCUCAAACCACAUCUUAGGCCGCAUUCACCCUGUACACGUCCGUUAACAGAUCUCAUUGACUUUGCAUGGGGCGCACUCGAAAUGCAUUGUGGGUCAAUCCGUUCCUUCAGCUCCGUUGCCUGCGUCAAAAAGUUGAGAAAUGUUUAACUUUUCAGGCAGCAACAGACCCGUCGGCCAAUCAGAUCGCGUUACCCAUACGUCAGACACGCCCUCCGUCAUCGGUCGGCGGACGUGUACAGUGUGAACGCAGCAUAAGGUCACCACACAUCCCUCAAUGAAAACCCUUCUCAGCUUCAAUCACAUCACAGAUGUGGUGUCACUCCUGACAUAUCUUCAGUCAACCCCCCUCACAUCACCGCUUCAGUCACCACCCCUCACAUCACAACUUCAGUCACCACCCCUCACAUCACAGCUUCAGUCACCACCCCUCACAUCACAGCUUCAGUCACCACCCCUCACAUCACCGCUUCAGUCACCACCCCUCACAUCACAGCUUCAGUCACCACCCCUCACAUCACAGCUUCAGUUAGCACCCCUCACAUCACAGCUUCAGUCACCACCCCUCACAUCACCGCUUCAGUCACCACCCCUCACAUCACCGCUUCAGUCAGCACCCCUCACAUCACAGCUUCAGUCACCACCCCUCACAUCACAGCUUCAGUCACCACCCCUCACAUCACAGCUUCAGUCACCACCCCUCACAUCACCGCUUCAGUCACCACCCCUCACAUCACAGCUUCAGUCACCACCCCUCACAUCACAGCUUCAGUCACCACCCCUCACAUCACAGCUUCAGUCACCACCCCUCACAUCACAGCUUCAGUCACCACCCCUCACAUCACAGCUUCAGUCACCACCCCUCACAUCACAGCUUCAGUCACCACCCCUCACAUCACCGCUUCAGUCACCACCCCUCACAUCACCGCUUCAGUCACCACCCCUCACAUCACAGCUUCAGUUAGCACCCCUCACAUCACAGCUUCAGUCACCACCCCUCACAUCACAGCUUCAGUCACCACCCCUCACAUCACAGCUUCAGUCAGCACCCCUAACAACAAAUCUCUGGCUGCUGAUGAGUGGAGAAGCAGAAGGAAGUGGUGAAUGAAAUAAAUGGAGAAGAGCCGGUAGACUAGACACUAACCUUGUCAUUUCCAUUUGGCAAACAUGUUUUUUUUAAGUGUUGUCAAUGGAGUUAUUUUAUACAUAUUACGGCAACAAGAACUAGACAUAAACCAUUGAAAAUAUGAGACGACGGUGGGUCUAUUUUAAUAAAGAAACUGACAUUUUACACCGACGUAUGGAAGAGGCUGCUUUUUUGUGGCUGUUCAGUCACUUUACUAGGGAGCGAUCUGAAAUUACAAAUGCAGUUAAUAAUGCACAGGUUUUAUUUCGUAAAAAUACCGUUAUUUAUUUUUCACAUAUCACUUAGUCUGUAGAGGAGCAGCAAGUUAAGAGGAUUUGUUGAAAAAAUGCCGUCCAAAGGGCAACGUACGAGCUGCUACCAACUCUUACCUUCUCUUUGUGUUAAUGUUUACCUCAUCAAAAUGAGCACAUCUUAAUCCAAUGAGUAGAGACCUGCAGUCCGAAAGCACGUGAUGCAGAAUGUGAGACAGUCGUAGCGGUUAGAUUAUUCGUGCUCACAGUCUUCAUUGGACGUCGUGUUGCUGGUCUGCAGUAGCUAGUUCCCAACACUAGAGGUGCUAUAGAAACAUCACUGUCUUCUUCUGUGCAGCUGAAAGAGCGUGACUUUAAUCUGAGUCUAACGUAAAGAUGGAAAACAGCAUGUGAGUGAGAGAGUUGAUUGGCCUUAGAAAUGUUGUCCCAAAAGUUGGCGGGAAGAAGCAGCCUUGAAGGCGUGGUAUGCUAAUAAUGUGAGCAACUAUACAGGAGAAAAAGAAUAUGUGAAUAACAUUGCAACUUUUCAACAAUAAAAAUGUGAAUCCAUUCGUAUGCGCCCAUGAAUAAAUCAAAUCCAACAAUACCUUUGAGUGCAUUCUGUGAUAGACCUGGCGAUGACCAGCUUGACUGAAGAGAAAGUGUUACGCUUCGCCUGAUGGCAUUUCAAUAUUAAAACACUCACUGGAAAAAAGAUGUUGACGCAACAUGUUUGGUUUGUGUUGUUUUUGUCUUUAUUGGUGCAGUUUGUGUUAUGGCUUGUGUUUGUUUUUUAGUAUGGUCUCUGUUUGAGGUUCGUUUCAUUUAGUAUUUAUGAGACGGUGGGAAAUCCUGGAACACACUUCCUGUGUAGAUACAGGAAGUGCAUGGCCACAUAUUAAACAAAUCAAUGAGCUGG